CACCAAACCAACUCGCACGCUGUCUACUUAUCUUCUUAGUCUCAACCACCAUUUCUUUUCCACCUUAGACUUCCAAGUGAGUGUGGGUAUCAUCGCCGGAAUGGCCUGCGCAGCUACCUCAGCGACUGCUUUCGUCUCCAACGCUAGGGUUUUGUCUCCCAAAUCUGCGCCGGUUGUGAAUCCGGUGGCUCAAUCCCUAACUGUUCCAACUUCUUUCCACGGUCUGCGCAGGUCUCUCCAUUCUCAGGUUUCGCGAUCGGUUUCACUGAGCCGCGGCUCUCAUUCUCGAAAGAGCUUCGCAGUGAAAGCUAUUAGUGAACUUCCGUUAGUGGGAAAUACUGCUCCAGAUUUUGAGGCCGAGGCAGUUUUUGAUCAGGAGUUCAUUAAGGUCAAGCUCUCUGAAUAUAUUGGGAAGAAAUAUGUGAUACUCUUUUUCUACCCACUGGACUUCACAUUUGUCUGCCCCACUGAGAUUACCGCUUUCAGUGACCGCUAUGAGGAAUUUAAGAAGCUUAACACAGAAAUUUUGGGUGUUUCAAUUGACAGUGUGUUCUCGCACCUUGCCUGGGUUCAAACAGAUAGAAAGUCUGGUGGUCUUGGUGACUUGAAGUACCCACUGGUCUCUGAUGUUACCAAGUCAAUUGCAAAGUCUUAUCGAGUGCUGAUCCCUGAUCAGGGAAUUGCAUUGAGGGGCCUUUUCAUCAUUGACAAGGAAGGAGUUAUUCAGCACUCCACCAUUAACAAUCUUGCAAUUGGCCGGAGUGUUGAUGAGACAUUGAGGACCCUUCAGGCCUUGCAAUAUGUGCAGGAAAACCCUGAUGAAGUCUGCCCGGCUGGAUGGAAACCAGGAGAGAAAUCAAUGAAACCAGACCCUAAGCUCAGCAAGGAGUACUUUGCUGCAAUAUAGAGAGGUAGCAUAUAAGACUCAAGACGCGAAUCUUUGUCCAUUAGCUGUGAACGAGUUUAGUGCGAGUGUAAUGUGUUGCAGUGGUUGAGUUUUUGGUAGCAAAUCGUUGGAAUAAACAUGUUUGGAGGGGACCUAUUGAUGCGCUAAAAUCACUAGUAAUAAAGUAAUGAGAAGAGU